AAUCUUGUUGACAUUCACUCUUCGGUUCAGUUCCCAACAGUCAAGUCGUCACUCUUGCUGCUGCCAGAUCGUACAUAAAAUAAUGUGUCUCUCUUUAGCACAGUAGUCUCAGAAGUCCCAUCGGCAUGAUGACCACCACAGAAAAUCACAAGUAUUAAUUGUUUGAGUGCAUUGCUAGUACAAAGUUUUUUGUGUGACCGUGUUUUGGUGAACUGUACACUCUAAACAUAAACCAAGAUAAGAGAUAUUAUCAUCUCAUGAAAAUGUUGUCCGAUCUGAAAUCCUUGGAGCGGAGUAGGCGAGAAUCGUCCGGGUCGACGUCGCCAUCGGGUGGGAGGAGGACACCACCCUCGCCCAAGACAGACGCCGGGGGUAAAAAGUCAUCCCUCUUCACUGUCGACUCACUCCUAGCCAGCCAUCACCAAAACAAUAAUAAUAAUCACCACCACCACAAUUCAAGGGACCAUCACCCGGUACAUGAAUUUAGCGACCUCUCCCCACCCGCGACUCCGCCAAGUCCUGCAAUCGUGAGACCGUCACCCAUGUCGAAUAGUCCACUUUUUGCCCACUAUCCUUUUGGACCGUACGGACCGGGCAAUUUGCUCAUACCCGGGUUACCUUUUCCACAUCCGGCGUCUAUCCAUUCCUGGUCGGGGAUCAAGUUCCCAUCAUCCGGAAAUCAUCAUUUGAGUGAUGCUCCCUCCAGUCCGAGCAACGAGCCUCCAUCGCCUCCUAAAAUCCCAUCGCCCAUGAAAUGCCAUUUGAGGAAGCACAAGCCGAAUCGGAAGCCGAGAACGCCCUUCACCACACAACAACUUGUAGCGUUGGAGAGGAAGUUUAAGGAAAAGCAGUAUUUGUCCAUUGCCGAAAGGGCAGAGUUCUCGUCGUCCCUAAGUCUUACUGAAACUCAGGUCAAAAUUUGGUUUCAAAAUCGUCGCGCCAAGGCAAAGAGGAUUCAAGAAGCUGAGAUUGAGAAGAUCAAAAUGGCCACGCGUCCCCACUUUGCAGCCGCUUUUGCCGCAGCAGCAGCCGCCGCUAAUUUUAAUACUUUAAUGCAAAAUAGUGCUCAACUAUUUGCUCCUCAUUAAAAGUCAAUAUGCAUAGUUUUUAUUAAAUAAGUUAUCAUACACAGAGUUCGAUAAGAAGAGUCUACCAUGUGUAAUUUAUAAUUAUUAAUAUUCGUUGCAUAAUCCGUUCGUCCGUUACAUACAUUACAUACAAAAUUAUUGGGUACAUAUAUUUACAAGUAGUUGAUUGAAUCUACCCUGCCUGCACAUAAUAAGUAUUUAGCAAUAAAUUUUCCCUGUACAUCCAAAAAUACCUCAAAAUAAUAAUGUACUUACACGUGUAAUGUAACUCUGAAUUGUUUCUAAAAAAUUUAGUUUUGAGAAAAGCGACACAUUUUCCUGGUGGUCUAAUCAAUACAUUUAGGCAAUGAUCUCUCCAUGUGUCUCUCUCUCCCUUUAAAAAACUCGUGUGGGUCGUCCUGUCUUUUUCUCAAAGUUCAGUUUUCCUUGGAAAGUAUGGCAUUUUAUUAUUUCAUGCAGAUCGUAUAAUUGAAUUUCUUUUAUUUCUCUCCACAUUUGGGAGCGGACGGGGCGAAUUAUAAUUAUGUUAUUAUGUCACAAGUCGAAACCUAUACAAAGUAAUGAGUCAUAAAAAAGUUCUUGUUACUCGGAAUUCUUCUUGCUCCCCACCUGUAAACUUUCUUAGCCACACAGCAGCACACGUCGACCUCCGUUUAAUAAGUUACGGGGUAAUUGGCACCAUUUCUCAGCGACCCAUUACUACUCGCGGAGAAAGUAUUGCACUUUGUGUCCAAAUUUUUUAAAUAAAAAAGCAUGAUGUACGAUUCAAUUUACAUAUCAGAGUUGUUUAGAUUAAACGAAAUAUGAUGCCAUGAAUUCGGCAAUGAUUUAUUUUAAUCAUGAGUUUUGACUUUUGGAGUGAGUUCACCUUUACCGUUUUUUUACGUUACGUUACGUGUGUGUAAAACUCUGCUAGGCGACAAUCUUUUUGUGAUAUUAUCGUUAUUUUUAGGUUUACAGUUUUUGUAGUCUGUUUAAUUCGUUGAUUAUUUUAAAUUAACACCACCGCCGUAAUUAUUAUUAGUAGUUUAAUUUAAUAUUAUUCUAAUUGAUAUACCAUAACUGUGUCCAGUAGUAGGUUUAAUUGUGUACUUAUACUCGUAUGUACUGUUAGCGGAAGGGCGACACUACUGAAAUAAUUUUAAGACUGUGUGCCAACAAAUAAACAAAUUAUGAACCGAA